AUGGCACGAGGAUGUUUGCACACCUGCCCGGCACCGCCGUUUAAGCUUCACCUUUUGCCCCGCCUCCCGGAGACAACUCGUGGGAUGGCGGUUGGAUUCUGGAAGCUUCAGAUCGGCUGCUGCCAGUGCGCUGAUACCGGCGUUCUCCAGAGAGCUAGGAGUGCUGGAGAAAAAAUUGAGAAUGACCUGGAGGAGGUGCAUUUUCAGGCGCAAGCUGAUUGGGUAAUGAUCGACGAGUUCCGCUGGGACAAGGAAAGAGUCCAGGUGGCCGAUUUCGGCGGCAGUACGAUCACAUGCGGCAGCCACUGUUCCCCGAACUGGAGCCAGGAGACCGAGGCGCCCGCCUCGACGGAGCCUUCGAUUGGAUCUGACUCGGAGGUACAGUCCGAAGGGAAGCAAUUCCGGUGGCCAGCAUCACAACAAAUGGAUAGGAGCCUCGAGCUGCGUCCCCCGCUGGGGGACAUGGGCUCCCCGGACGAUAUGGUUGAGCCGUGCUUGCCCGAGCAGCCACAGACUUCAGAGAGCUUGCCCAUUCCGAAAGCUUGGUCGUACCCACCGACAUAUUCUAUUGAUGGCGAGGGGCUGCUACAGACAGAAGCAGAGGAGGAUGAGGUUUGGAGCAGCAUUGGCUUCUUUGACGAAUCGCCUUCUAUCACGAUGCCAGAAUCUGGCACAAUCUCUGCAUCGCCUUUCCAGUCCGUGAAGCAGCCAAAGACAGAAUCGCAAGUGGCUUCCAUCGAUGGGAUAGCUUUCAAUGGUGGUGCCGCGAGAGUCCUCGCAGCAGGCCUCCAGGCGCGCGAGAUUCAUCUUGCGGAGGGGCCAUCUCCGGCAGGGAGCAUGACCGGUCGUCCUGCCUGCCCGGACUUGGAUACGAGCAGUGCGACCAGUCUGGACAGUUUGCGCUGCAAAUGGGACCGCGGCAGCGAGCAAGAUUUCGCUGCCUCCGCCCCCAUGAGCGAGAGUCAAAGCAAGAGGGUUGCGAGCAGCUUCCUCAACGACAACGAUUUCUUUCAUGUAAAUGAAGUCGACAUCGAGUCCGCGGUGCGCGUGCGUCAUCCUUUGCUUGAAGCCGUGCUUCAGAAUCGACCUCGUGUCGUCAAAGCCCUCCUCCUCCUGGGCAGCCGUAAGGAUGUGCGGAACUCCCACGGCUUGACGCCGUUGCAGUUGGCCGAACAUCUUCAACAUCAACAAGGUGGCUUCCAGGAGGUCCUGCAUGUCUUCGCCAUGGACGAAGAUGGUGGGGCACGUCUCCAAGAUGGAAUCAAGGUGAUUGAGCACAUCAAAGUGAACAUCUGA